UCGUAAUUACAGACAGGAAUAUUGCUGAGUGCGGCGUAAACUAAACUCACUGACUCGUUAUUUGAAUUGUAAUUGUUUCAUGGUUUCAAAUGGAUUGUUUUGUUUUGCUCUUAAUUUCCAAUAGUUGCAUAAUGUGUCAUUGACUUCCUCAUGCGCUGUUGUGAAAAUACAUGUAUGCUAUGAUGAGUGUUUGGUUUCGUGUCCUGCACACUCUCCCGUCCGUAGGUGUCUGUCACUUUCGACUUUCUCCCAUAUUAGGAGAAAUAUGAAUGAAAAAAUGUUUCAAACUUGACGCGACGUUUAGUAUGAAGGUUUGUUUGUCGUUGUAUUACCUUACAAACGUGCUUCAACUUGAUCCUGGGUUAAUUAAUGACCUUGAAUACAAUAACACCGGACCGACGUUAUAAGUGUGAGACACCACAAACUCCAUACAGUACACAAAUGGCCCAGUCAUUAUAUAUCAGCAUCCCGAACGAGAAAGCAAGUAUGAUGUUCAGUCGGUCAUCAGCCUGGCUUUUGAGCUAUGAAAUGUAAAUCUAUAUUGUAUUGUUAUUGUUUUAAUCAAGCAUUCACGAAACAAAGCCAACUUCACUCAGCCUGAUACCAUUUCCUUGAUUUCAAUGCAUAAAUGUUUCAGAAAACUGUGAAAACAGUAGUGUCGUUUCAAUUUCCGCAAAAUUUCAAAAUAGACUGACUAAGAGGUGCAUGUUGCGUUCAUGUAUUAGGUAACAUAUCCUACAACAAAACAUAGAGCUGUCUGUGAAAGUCCCAUCGAAAUCCAGCCUUCAUUUGUCAGGAAUGUUGAAUAGAACAUGAUUACACAAAAUGUGAGAGAAAUGUGACAAAUGUUUCAAUGAAUACCUAACCUAAACCUGAAACUAAAACUAAAACUAAAACUAAAACUAAAACUAAAACUAAAACUAAUGAACCAGGAAGUGAGACAAGCUUACCCGCGAGUAUGGUGGAUGUGUUGCGACUUUUCUCCGCUCUCUCUCUCUGCCUGAUUGCGGGCACACAAGGUAACUGUCCUGAUGGCAAAUACGGCGACCAGUGUGAUGAGUGCCACUGCCCCCCGAAAGAGUGUGAUCCUGUUUCUGGUUGCACAGGAACUGUCUGUGAUUCGGGAUGGUCUGGACCUAAAUGCCAGAUACAAAGCGUUCUGUUGAUCAGUGCCGUUGUUGCGGGAGGAGCCUACCUGUUGUUGAUCUUCGCCGUCACAGCUGCAGCUGCAGUGUGGUGGUAAGAUGCUAGACACAAACAUUUACUAAACCAUAUACCUUCAGACUAGCUGCACAGCAAAAUAGUCACUUAUUCAUUUGUGAUAACUAUAUUUUUUUGAACGUUUUCUUUGUUCGAUGGCUUAGGGCGCAAAGAAAGACCAGGACAGGCUCCCCAUAGUUUCGCACGUCAUUCACA